CGAACUUCUUACGAACGAUAACAAAGUAUUGGCAAUAUUACCAGUUUUUAUUGUGAAAUUUCGAAACAUUUAAAAAAAUUCGACACAUGUUGCUAAUGCUGCGGCCGAAAGGAGCCUCUGUGGCAGCCUCACAAGUGCGCAGCCUUGUCAAGCGCCUGCUAGCCACAGAAACAGCAUCCACGCCGGCUGAGGAACACUAUGAUAUCAUUAUUGGCGGCGGCGGCAUGGUGGGCACAACGCUUGCCGCUGCAUUGAGCAAGAACCGCACGCUGGCGGACAAGAAAGUACUCCUCCUAGAAGCUGCACCUGAAUUCAAAGGUUUCAGUGCCAGCGCUCCCUUCCACAAUCGUGUCUCAGCCAUCAGUCAAAGCUCCAUAGAACUGUUCAAGGCGAUAGAUUGUUGGACACACAUAGAGAAAGCGCGCUGCAAGCCGGUCAAGCAGAUGCAGGUGUGGGAUGCCAACAGCGAUGCCUUGAUUCAUUUCCAGCACGACAACUUUGCCAGCGAUGUGGCCUGCAUCAUUGAGAACAAUCUGAUUAUAGAUGCGGCUUACGCUCGCAUUCGAGACGCGGCUCCCAACUACAAGGUGUUAAACAAGGCCCGCAUACAAUGCGUUAGCCUACCGGGCAAAUCUGGUGAGCACAAUACACGUGUCCAGCUACAGGAUGGACGCAGCUUCUCGUGUGAUUUGCUCAUUGGCGCUGAUGGCGCCAACUCUGUGGUGCGCAAACAAAUGGGCGUCGAUGUCUUGGCGUUCAACUACGAUCGCAUGAGUCUGGUGGCGAAUGUGGACCUGAACAUCGAGGAGGGCUGCGACAAUUCGGUGGCCUGGCAACGUUUUCUGCCUUCCGGUCCGGUUGCGUUGUUACCGCUGAGCGAUAAGCAAAGCUCGCUGGUCUGGAGCACAACAGUGCCGCAUGCUCGUCAAUUGCUCGCCAUGCAGCCGUCGGAGUUUGUGGAUGCCUUGAAUGAGGCGUUUUGUCGUCAAUAUCCACGUCUGGAGGUGGCCGAUAAAGCACUGCAAGCGUUGAAUGCCUUCUUUGGUCAUCAGGGAUCGCAGCAUCAGCGACAGUAUCCGCCGCGAGUUUGUGGCGUUCAGGAACGCACAAGAGCAACCUUCCCAUUGGGUUUCCUGCAUGCCUCGUCGUAUGUGUGCAACGGCGCCGCCUUGGUAGGCGAUGCUGCUCAUCGCAUUCAUCCGCUGGCUGGGCAAGGCGUCAACUUGGGCUUUGGUGAUGUGCGUGAGCUGGUGGACACUUUGGCCGCUGGCGCUUAUGCUGGCUUCAAGCUGGGCGACUCCCAACAUCUCAUUAAAUACGAACGCAAGAGUCUGGCCAGGAAUGUUCCCAUCAUGAUUGGAGUUCAUGGACUGCAUUCGCUGUACAGCACGCAGUUGAGUCCUGUGGUUUUGUUGCGCAGUCUGGGACUGCAGUUGACUGAGAAUCUACCGCCUAUCAAGAAGUUGUUCAUGAAGAGCGCCAUGGGUUAA